UAGGACAGCGCGAUUCUCGCUGGGAGUUGUAGUCCUUUCCGCCUGUGGCCUCGGGUUUGUCCUUCCAGUCCUUGGCUCAAACCCACCCCAAAUUCUGGUUUGGGAUUUCUGGGUGCGUGGCGGGGUAGGCGGGCCUGUUCUUAAUCUCCGCCGUGAGAGAGUUCUGUAGUAAUGGGGGAGACACACCUCUUUUUAACUGCUCCGAGGAUGGCUGCCAAAGAGACGCAGUAGUCCCUCUCCCUUUUGGGCGCCGGGGAGGGAGCGGGUUGCGUCCGCCAUGUUGGUGAGGGCAGACGGAGGCGACUGGAGCUCCAGAACUGUCAGCUCCGCUGGCUCGAGUCCGCCAUAUUAAUAAAGAGAAAGGUUGACACUCUUCCCCACCCCCACCCCCCGGCCUUCCCCAACACACACGCACAGAGACCCCUUCUUCCCCCUCAGCUCCGACGGCUCAGUUCGGUGGGCCCUGUCCCCGCCUCGCUUGGCCAGUCUCUGCCCGGAGGAAGGGUAGCAGCCCGCGCCUCAGAUCAGGCUUAAGACAGCGCCGAAUGAGGGGGAACGGGAAAUGCCGACCAAUUGCGCCGCGGCGGGCUGUGCCACUACCUACAACAAGCACAUUAACAUCAGCUUCCACAGGUUUCCUUUGGAUCCUAAAAGAAGAAAAGAAUGGGUUCGCCUGGUUAGGCGCAAAAAUUUUGUGCCAGGAAAACAUACUUUUCUUUGUUCAAAGCACUUUGAAGCCUCCUGUUUUGACCUAACAGGACAAACUCGACGACUUAAAAUGGAUGCUGUUCCAACCAUUUUUGAUUUUUGUACCCAUAUAAAGUCUAUGAAACUCAAGUCAAGGAAUCUUCUGAAGAAGAACAAGAGUUGUACUCCAACUGGACCAUCUAAUUUAAAAUCAAACAUUAGCAGUCAGCAAGUACUACUAGAACACAGUUAUGCCUUUAGGAAUCCUAUGGAGGCAAAAAAGAGGAUAAUCAAACUGGAAAAGGAAAUAGCAAGCUUAAGAAGGAAAAUGAAAACUUGCCUACAAAAAGAACGCCGAGCAACUCGACGUUGGAUCAAAGCCACGUGCUUGAUAAAGAAUCUAGAAGCAAACAGCUUAUCACCUAAGAGCACAUCAGAACACAUUUUACCAACCGCCUUAAGCAGUCUUCCUUUGGAAGAUUUCAAGAUUCUUGAAUGAGAUGAACAAGGAAAAAUGUUACCAAUUCUCUAAAUCUAAAACAGACCAAGAGUACCUUCAUUUAAGAUUACCCUGCAUAGAAUUUGAUGCUCAUCCUUCAUUCUAUUCAAAGGUAAAGAUAUUUAAGGAAAUUUAUUCCAAAAUUGGAUAUUUAAUAAAGUUUUACUUGAAGUAACAUCAUUACUGCAUAAUUUAUGAACAUCUGAUUACAAAACAAUUGAAAACUUUUUAUGCAACUUAUUUGAAUGAGAAUGGAAGUGCCUUACGUGAGAAUUAUGUACUUAACAUUUUUUUGCUAGGAAAUUGUAUGUUUGCGAGAUGUUUUGUGUUUUUGUCUUUUUAAACUACUUUAAAGAACAGUCUAUGACAAGUAAUGUGUUUAAUUUACAUUAGAAAAAAAAUUUUUCCUGUACCAAAGUUGGGAUAUUACAUUCUAAAUAAGAUGCUUAGUAGGAGUUAACCAACAUGAAAUAUGACUUUAAAACUGUAUUAAUUAAAUCAUUAUUGGCACUGUGAUUUGGAAAAAUUAUAGAAAAAAACCUGAAGUACAGGGCAGGUUCUUUUAUUUAAACUGUCCUUUUAUCAGUAAAAGUGAACUAAUCAUGGCCUUGAAAACAAAAUUAGCUUUGGCAGUAGCUUGUAAAGUAUUUUGAAAAUACUAUUUUUGAAUGUGAAGUACCCUUGAAUCAUCUACACUAGGUAAGGCCUCAAGUACCUCAGACUAGUAAAAACUGGUAGCUGAUAUGUAUAUUCACCUUCUAAGAAAAUAUGCUAUGAAAUAAUGCAGAGAUUGGGAUCCAGCUUUUACUUUAAUCAAACAAAAAGAUAAAUGUAUCCUACAUUUUUCUCAUAAUAAAAAUAUUACAUCUCCAGUUUCAAAACUGAUGCAUUAAUAGGCAAACAGGCUACAAAGUUCCAUGUUAGGAAUACUCCCCCUGUGUAUUAAUACCAAAACUCUUAAGCUUUCUUUUUUUUCCCCAUAAACCCACAUCAGCAUUGAAUUAUAGAAAAGUACUUACCAUAUUAUACCUUCACAACUUAUAACCUAAAAUGGAAUCAAUUUAUCUUACAUAUCAGCUUGCUUUCUAUCUCCUUUUUUAGUGAGAGUCAAAUAGAGCAGCCAUACUGCACAGGGGAAAUGAAAUGUAGCUCUCUAUAAAAAUACAUGUGUCUGUGAUAAAGCUAUGCAGAUGCUAAUUAUUAUACAGAAUAGAACAUCAGAACUAUUCUUAUAGUUUCCACUCAAUUAAAGGGUUUGCCUUAUUUUACCUGAUAAAUGUGUAAUAAGAACUCUUCCCUUUAAACAGCUUUGGUCAAAUCGUGUAAAAACUUAUUAUUGUACAGUCAGGUUAUUCAGGCCUGAUUUGAGCUUCUGACACCACCAUAUGAAAGUAACAUAAACAUAACCACAUAUUACUGCAUAUCUUUCCUACAAGGUAAUGGCUACUUUAUGAUUUAAAAAAAAAACUUAUUUUUUGUAACAUUUGCUUAGAUCCUAGUGACAGUCUUUUUACAUUAACAUCCUUUCUUUUUUGGGGGGGGGGGUAAUAACAUUUUUUAUUUAUUUGAACCCAGGGCAUUGGAUGCAUGCUAGGCAAGCACUCUACGGCUGCGCUAUGCCCUCCCCCCAGCACUCUUUCUUUUUAUAAGGAAUGCCUCCCAAGCAACUAGAUUCACAAAGGCAAAGGUAGGAAAUGUCUGUUGUAGUUAUCGUCAGGCACUUAAAAUAUUUAUGAAAAUUCUGUGUAUUGUAUAAACCUUGUUAGUCUUUUUAUCUUUAUCUUAAAUAUUGGAUGUAGCUCCUUGGAACUGUCACUACAUGUUUUAACUAUCUUUAUGUGGUUUCAUAUAUAAUCAACAGAGAACACAUUUCUACCCCAAAGUAAGUUGGGCAAAUAAUCAUUUAAACAUAAUCUACAUUUUUUUAAGUAUAAACUCUUAUAUGGUUCACUGCCUCUCCCCGAUACAAAACAAAAUACUAAUGCAGGGUGAGUCCCUCUAUGAUAAUUUCUUGCUAUCUUAAUGUAACAUUUUUAAAAUAAAAAAAGUAAAACAUUAUAAAAUACAACAAGCUUUUGGCAAAGUUACUUAGACUUCAUUCAUUACUAUUCGACACCACCUAUUUUUUUGCUGUUUUUUUUUUCAUGUCAUUUUCAUGUUACAGUUCGGAUAAUAUGCUCCAAAGUUGCCCUGCAUCAAAUGCUUUGUUAACAUAUAUCCAUCUACUUUUAAAACUACUUUCAUUCAUAGAGAAAAACCUAAAAGGAAUCUGUUAAAAUCCUGUUUUCAGUUUGUUGAUAAACUUCUUAUCACUUAGACCAUAUAUCAUAAAACUAAUCAAAAUAAUAGCUCUUUGUCCUCUGCGGGACACAACAUAUAUCCUCUGCUCUACAUCUGUCAUUCAUUCUGUGUCUACUAGACACUAACCUCUACAAAGAACCAGCCAAAGGCUAGGAACUUGACAUAAAAAUGAAUAUGACAUAAUUUUCUGCCCUUAACUUUGCUCCAAGUCUCUUGAGAGAAGCAAACAUUAUUUACAAUACAAUAUGAUAAAUGCUAUGAAAGAAGGAUGUGUGACAUACUUUGGUAAAUACUGUUGAAUUGGAAUUUAAGGAGAACAUGUAAACUUUAGACCUUUUUAUAAAAUACUUUUCUUUUGAAACAAAACAGAUUUCUUUUUAUAAUGAUUUACCAGAAGAGACUUUGUAGGACAUUGUUGUUGACCUGAAUUACAUAACAGUGUUUUCUUAAUGAAUUGUAAAGCAUUUUUUCCCUUUAAAAUGAACACUGAACAAAUUUGUUGUUAGUGUUAUCUAGUUAAAAGGAAAACAUAACUAAAUAAAAUACUUUAUCAAAGCUAA